GCCUGUUGUGGUCACCAGUUCGUCCUGCAAAAACAAGGCCCUCCCUUGUUGAGAGGUGGUUUGCUGGGCAUUCUUGUGGUUUUGUGUUUCUGCGACCCUCUCUCUCCGCCGCGUGGCGUUCGUUCCUUUCCGUUCCCGCCAAUGCCGCUUUUGCGUCUCCUCCGCUAUCAUCGCCCGAGGUAAUGGCACGUCAGCAUCUCAAUGGUCUUUCCGCUACAUCCAGGUCAUCCGUGCGCAGGACCUGUGCCGCUGCCCGAUCUCUGAACAACGUAAUGACAUGCAUUUAUGCAAUUGGCCGCGGCUUGAUUACGUAUGCUAUCCCUCGCCCUCCUCCUUCCGUCACAUUUCUCGCGCCACGUGGCCCGCUGUCAAUCUCUGUCGUAUCGACUCCUGAUUGCCACGUCACUUCCGGCCCGGGAGUCGUAUCUUGCUCCCUGUUGUUAUACACUGCGCCAAUCAUUGACGACGCGGUCUUGUAGGACCGGACGGAGGGAAGGAAGGGAGAUGCAAUCAAGGAUGCAUGGACCGAACGACGGGAAGGCAAGGACAAAAUGCAACUGAGAGAGAAAGAGGGAGAGGGGGGAGCGGGGUGGACGUGAGGACUGGAACAUGCGCUCCCGAGUUGCCUACGUAGGUCUAUGUUCCUCUUCUUGGGACAGAGGAAACUGGAGCCGCUUGGGAGAGUGAUCACAUUUUCCGUAAGGCUUCGCAGUCAUCGACUAUUAAUGAAUGGAAUCAAUUCCUGCCAGUGGGGAUUGGAAUGACAGUUCGAACCGCGAAGGAAGUACGCGGUCGUAAUUUAUUCAAGGACAGGGAAGCCAACUGGGCGGCCAACCAACUAUUUAUUGUGUAUGUGUGCGUGAGAGAGAGAGAGAGAGAGAGAGAGAGAGAGAGAGAGAGAGAGAGAGAGAGAGAGAGAGAGAGAGACGGGUGUGCGCUUGCUAGUAGACGUGGCGGUGGAGAGGAAGAAGAGCCUAGCGUUGCAUCCGGCAAUAGUGUCGUGCAGCUCUUGACGGAGAUCACGCUCCCUGUGUUCUACCUGCUCCUGCUUUCUCUUUGACGGAUCUUUUAUUUUUGACAGAUUCUGAGGGACUCAAUUUGGUUAAGGAUGCGGUUUUUCACUUGAGGAGGAGGAGGAGUCGGCAACUCAAGGUACUCUAAUCAAGCCAUUCAUCAAAGAGGCCAGGCAUGGCUGCUGGGUGGACGGAAGGCCGGUCUGCAGCGGGUGAGACGAGCAAGGAACCUGCCUCGACAGCACAUCGUCAUCGUUUUGGAGCCGCUCUGGCCUCGAUAGAGGAUUUUGCAGCAAAGGUGAAAUUAUCAAAGUCGUCAUCAAAGCGUUCGGCAAGUCCUCUACGGCCACCGAAGGACAACUCAAGCAGCAUCUCUUUCUCCUCUCCUCCUCCUUUGCAUGCUGAAGCUGCAAGUGCACCUGCAGCAGCUGCUGCUGCUGCCGCAGCAGCAGGGUCCAUGUGUGACGGGAUUCACGUGGUGCAAGGAGGUGACUGGCUCUACAGCAUCUGCCGACUUCACAAUGUUGAUCUUAAGUCUAUGCUACGAGCAAAUCCUGGUAUUUGUGAUCCGGACAAACUGGUGAUUGGCUCAAAGAUCAAGAUUCCGUUGUUGCGAUCAUCGACUCCAUUGUCAUCGUCCUUGUCAAGCACUAACAGCUCAAUGUCAUCACCAAGUAAACAGCGGCUAACAAUUAUUGCCCAAUCAGCCAAGGCAAUCUCUCCCUUGCAGAACUGGCUUGUUAAUAUGGUGACUGCUCGCGCCGCCCUCGAGCGUCUUACCAUUGCCAACCUUGUUGAGUUCACUUUCAGGAAAACACGAAUGCACACGGUGGGGGCUGGAGAUUCACUAGAGUAUGUUGCUGCCAGAUAUGGCACCACGGUGGAAUCAAUCAAGAGGCUCAAUAAGAUUCGCGAUGAUGUCAUUAUCGAGGGCAGUGUUUUGUAUAUUGAUAAGCCACAAAUUGGAAGAGAAGGCAGAAGGGUUCCCAAGUGGAGAUUGGCAAACGUUCAGGAAAGAAACGCGAUGAUGGAAGACAGUGCAGCAAAUUUGCCUUCACUACCAGGUAGUGCGUCAUUCCACACUCUAAGGACGAUCCGAUCACAGAGACCAGGUUCAAGGUUGAAAACAAUACGGGUCCGUUUCGGCGACACAUUGGCAGACCUUGCACAAGACAAUGGGCUGAGUAUACGAGAACUGCAAAGGUUGAAUAACCUACGCAACGACUCCAUCUAUGAAGGCGAUGUGCUAGCAGUGGCCGAUGGGCCAGAUGGUCAUCAUACUCCACAGAUUCGGAGAGGGGUGAGGCGGACCUACCGACCUCUUUUCUCCCGUUUGAGUAAUGGUGGUGGAAAUCUCCUUGGAAUUGGAGGGCCUGAGAUGACGCCUCGUGUGAGUAGUGGUGGGAACAGCAGUCCUUCAGAUCUGAAUUCAGGGGCUAAGCUUGAAGGGCGAUGGAAGAGGAAAAGGAGCGUCCGGCAAUCACAGAAUAGAUUGUUGCGGUUCAAUUCACCAUUGAUGGAUGGGUUUGUGAGCAGUCCCUUCGGAUGGCGCUGGGGAGCAUUUCAUGAGGGUGUUGAUCUUGCGGCAGACCAAGGGACACCAAUUUUGGCAGCUGAUCGUGGUGUUGUCACAUUUGCUGGUUGGAGUGGAGGCUAUGGCUAUUUGGUGACAAUCCAGCAUGAUGGUGGUUUUGCUACUCGUUACGGCCAUUGUUGUGCUAUCCAUUCGCAUGUUGGUCAG